AUGUCGUCCCUCUCGCCGGCGACGUCGCCUUUCCCUCCGGCUAUCCCACAGCCGAGAGGAAAAUCGCCGCAGGAAUCUCAACCGCCUCCGCCCGCUCUAAACUUGUCGUCCAUUUCGGAGUCGAUACCGACGCCGGCUAUCAUCGGGAUUGCCGUCGGUGCGAUGGCGUUUGUGGUGGUUAUCACCAUUCUUUGUGUCUGUUGCGGAAAGAAGAGAAAGAGUAAAGAUUAUGAAUCGUGGAAGGGCAACGACAGGUCUCUUCAAAUGCCAUUACCACCGCAGAAAGAUGUUAGUUACAGUGCACCUCCUCUGAAGUUGCAGCAUUAUGAUCCUCCAUUCGAAAAACAAGUUAUCAUAUUCCCUGAACUGCCUAGUCCUUCACCUUGGCCUGCUUCUCAUCCGCCUCCAAUGCCACCACCUCAAUCCGUUUAUACCAGCAGUGGAAAUUCUGGGUCCGAUUACUCGGGGACUUCACUACCUCCACCUGCACCUACAUUUGCCUUUGGAUUCACUAAAAAUAGUUUCACAUAUGAAGAAUUAGCUUUGGCUACAGACGGAUUCUCUGAUGCCAAUCUUCUUGGACAAGGAGGCUUUGGAUAUGUGCAUAAGGGUACUCUACUGAAUGGAAAAGAAGUUGCAAUUAAGCAAUUGAAGAUAGGAAGUGGGCAAGGGGAGCGUGAGUUUCGGGCUGAGGUUGAAAUAAUCAGUCGUGUCCAUCACAAGCACUUGGUUUCAUUGGUUGGGUUUUGUAUUUCUGAAGGAAAAAGGCUACUUGUUUAUGAAUAUGUUCAAAAUAAUACAUUGGAGUUUCACUUACAUGAAGCAGAUCGACCAACAAUGAGUUGGCCAACCAGAUUAAAAAUUGCCUUGGGUUCUGCUAAAGGGCUAGCGUACUUGCAUGAAUACUGUAAUCCUAAGAUUAUACACCGUGAUAUUAAGGCAGCCAAUAUCCUCCUCGACUACAAUUUUGAGGCCAAGGUUGCAGAUUUUGGUUUGGCAAAGUUUGCACCUGAUAAAAGUACGCAUGUUUCCACCCGGGUUAUGGGAACUUUUGGGUAUUUGGCGCCAGAAUAUGCAUCUUCUGGAAAACUUACAGAUAAAUCUGAUGUGUAUUCUUAUGGAGUCAUGCUAUUAGAGCUAAUAACUGGAAAACAACCUGUCGACGCAGCUGUGUCAUUGGAUGGAAGCUUAGUUGAUUGGGCAAGGCCUUUAAUGACAAGAGCUAUGGAAGAUGGUUACUAUGUUGAUUUUUCUGAUCCACGACUCGGAAGAAAUUAUAAUAAUAAGGAAAUGAAACAAAUGAUCGCUUGUGCUGCUGCUUGUGUGCGGCACUCCGCAAGGCGUAGACCUCGAAUGAGCAUGGUUCUUCGGGCUUUAGAAGGAGGUGUUCCCCUUGAAGAACUGAAUGAAGGCAUGCAACCAGGCCAUAGCAGAAUGCAUGACUCCUAUACUACUAAUACUAGUUCUGAUUACGAUUCUCAAAGGUACAAUGAAGCAAUGCAGAAGUUCAGAACAUUGGCAUUGCGAAGUCAAGUAAAUUCAAGUAGCGAGUACAGUGGAACAACCAGUGAAUAUGGUCUUGCUCCCUCUGUAACGAGCAGUGAAGGCCAGAACACACGUGAAAUGGAGAUGAGAGUGAUGAAGAACAUUCAUAGCUAUAGCAGUAGCUAGCCUUUAAGACUGAACUGGGUCUCAUUGAAGAGCCUUGCAUCCCUUGUGACUUUCGGAUGGUAUGAAAACCAGAAAGUGUUAAGCGAGAGGAUAUCAUCAUUUGGGUGCUCUGUACAAUCUAUGCGCAGUUAUU